CACCUCUAUUGGCAUCCCGCUUCCCUAAGGAAAUAACAAAAUUGUCCGGAAUUUUCAUUGUUUUUACUUAUUAAUAUAAUAAUGGCCAAACAUCAUCCAGAUUUAAUUUUCUGCCGAAAACAACCAGGAGUGGCCAUUGGGCGCCUGUGUGAGAAAGAUGAUGGAAAAUGUGUAAUUUGUGAUUCGUAUGUGAGACCGUGCACUUUGGUCAGAAUCUGUGACGAAUGCAACUAUGGAUCGUACCAGGGUAGAUGCGUAAUUUGUGGCGGACCUGGGGUUUCAGAUGCUUACUAUUGUAAGUCCUGCACUAUUCAAGAAAAAGACCGCGAUGGUUGCCCAAAAAUUGUGAACUUGGGCAGUUCCAAGACUGAUUUAUUUUACGAGCGCAAGAAAUAUGGUUUCAAACAAAACUAUUGAUUUGCAACAUUGAGGAAUACACUUCUAAUAAAUUUUUAUUGUAAUUCAAA